AAAGUCAGUUUCAGUUACAUUUUGGAGUACGACGCGCGAGCAUUAUUGUUUCCAUUCUGGGCGAGGUUUUUAGUUAACAAACACUAAAAAAUUAAAACACCUCGUCUUCGUGUUUUCCUUUUUUUUAUUUUGUGUGCCAAGGCCGAUAAAACAAAUACCGUUUUAAAAAACUAACAGUGUGUAGAUUAGAGUUUAUUGAUGAGUGAACAAAAGACACCGCCGCAACGAGGAGUGAUAAGCGACCUGCGACCCGCACACUGAGAGAAAAGCGGAGGAUCAAAGGUCACCGCCGACGACGAAUGCAUUUGCAUCUCCUGGUGGCAGCCAAGACGCCUCCAUCGCCAGCUGAGCAUACGGGCUCGGGAUUGGAAGUGGGAUUGGAAACGGGACUGGAAACGGGAUUGGAAACGGGACUGGAAACGGGCCUGGAAUUGGAAUUGGAAGGAGUCGAAGUCGGUCUGGGAUUGGGAUUGGGUUCUGGCCAGGAAUUGGUGGCGGACCAGGAACACAGCACCACUGUGGCGCCCGUCAGCGUCGCCGGUCCCGGCCGCCUGGGUCGCAGCAUCAACGGCAGCGGCGGCAGCCACCACCACCACCUGCACCACCACUACGCCCCCUAUCACCACGCCCACCCCUACCAUCCACACCACCCGCAUCACCCCACAUAUCCACCGUAUCCGCCGGCAGCAGGUGCACCCCAUCCACCGGCCAUGGUCACCUCGUCGUCCACCUCACCGACGGGCAAUGGCUGGAGCAGCACCACCGGCGACUUCAAGGGCAUCACGGCGGUGGCAUCCACGGCAACGGGUGGUGGAGCCACCCAGGGAGCCACUGCAUCCACGGGAGCCACCGCCGCCGAAGUGCUGGCCGUCUCUAGUAGCGCCAGUGUGGGCAGCAGUUCGCCCACAGGUGGCGCCAGCAAUGGCACUGCCCACAGUGGUCACAGUGGGCACACCGGCGGUCACAGCAGUAGCACCGCCAGCAAUGGCAACAACAAUGGUGCCAGCAAUAGCAAUACCAACAACAACAACAACAACAAUGCUGUCCACCAGGAUCUACUGUGGAUGGAGCGAUUGGUCCUGAAGCGACAGCAGGAGCAUCCCGGGGAAUUGGUGCGCACGAGCAAUCCGUACUUCCUGUGCUCCGCCCUGCCCGCCCAUUGGCGCUCCAAUAAGACGCUGCCGAUGGCCUUCAAGGUCGUCGCCCUGGCGGAAGUGGGCGACGGCACCUACGUCACCAUCCGGGCGGGAAACGACGAGAACUGCUGCGCGGAGCUGCGCAACUUCACCACCCAGAUGAAGAACGACGUGGCCAAGUUCAACGAUCUGCGCUUCGUGGGUCGCAGUGGAAGAGGGAAGAGCUUUACGCUGACCAUCACGGUGGCCACGAGUCCGCCACAGGUGGCAACCUAUGCCAAAGCCAUCAAGGUGACCGUCGACGGACCCCGAGAACCCCGCUCCAAGACAAGUCCGACGGGUGGGCCACACUACCGUGCCCUGGGACUUGGCCAGCGGCCCUACAUCGACGGCUUCCCCUCGACGAAGGCGCUCCACGAGCUGGAGUCGCUGCGCCGCUCCGCCAAGGUGGCAGCGGUCACGACGGCAGCGGCAGCGGCGGCCACGGCGGCGACGGCGGCAGCGGCCGCGGUGGCGGUCACUUCCCCGGGGGGCGGUGGAGCUGGGGGCGUGGCCGGCGGACCGGGCGCUGGCCUGGUGCAGCAACUGAGCAGCAAUUACUCAUCGCCGAAUAGUACAAUCAACUCGGACUGCCAGGUCUACAAGCCAAAUGCGCCGCACAUCCAAGGAGCCGAUAUGAUGGGCGCUGGCGAGUGGACGGGAUCCUCGAGCUCGGCGGCGGCCUAUUACCACAGCCACGCCCACCACCCGCACGCCCAUGCGCACGCCCACCUGCAGCACCAGAUGGCCUUGCCGCCGCCCCCACCGCCACCCGCAGCCGCUCCCGUUACGGUGGGCGUGGGCGUGGGCAAUGGAGCCGCCAUGGGCGUGGGAAUGGGCGUGGGCGUGGGCAUGGGUAUGGGCAUGAACUACGGUGGCUACGACUCUGCCAAUUCGCUGGAGGCGGGACAGUAUGCCGCCCACCUGCCGGCCGUGCUGCCCGAGAUGCAUGGCCAUGGAUUCGCCACCGAUCCCUACCAGACGGCCGGCUAUGGCGGUGGGAAUUCGGGCGGAGGCAGUGCACCCAAAUCGGAACUGGACUAUGGCGGGGGCUACAAUCAGGCGUGGUCGAAUGGCUAUCAGAACUAUCAGUAUGGCAGUUGCUUGGCCACCGCCCAGUAUGGUCCGCAGGCGGCACCGCCACCACAGCCGCCGCCCCCGCCGCCGGUGGUGCUGUGCCCGCAGCUCUACUCCACGGUCAACCAGAAUCAGAUCCACCUGCAUCUGCACAGCAGCGAGAAGCUGGAGCAGUACCUGGGCACGGCCUCGGGGGCGGAGCACCUGACCAUUGGCUCGCUGACCGGCGGCAGUCGCUCCAGCAUCGAGAUUGGCCAGGAGCAGUACCACCAGACCCAGCAGCAGCAGCAGCAGCAGGUGAACCACCACCCCCAGCAGCAGCAGCAGCAGGUGCACCACCCACAGCAGCAGCAGCAGCAGCAGGUGGAGUCCGCCGGCGAAGUGGGCGGCAGUGUGGAGUCCGCGAGGGAGGAGGACGUGGGCGAUCUCACGCAGGUGUGGCGACCCUAUUGACCCAAUCGGAUCACCCAUCGGCCAGCACCACCACCACCACCACCGAAUCCCACCCACCCACCGCCGCUGCACCUGCACAUCGAACUGAACUAGGAGCACAGCAGGAUCACCACAAGAACUGUACAAUUUUUUUUCUUUUUUUUUCAUAGCUAUAGAUCCUUACUUUAGGUAAUCCCAAAGCAUCUGCAAGUUGUACAUACAAGAUUGAAUACCCUUAAGCUAUAGAUCUAUUAAGAUACGAGAAAGCCAAUUUAUAAACACACAUACAUUUCAGCGUAAUUAUAAAUUAUCAACCAUGAAUCCCAAAACGCCAGAGAUUUGAGUUUAGCCGCAUCAUAAUAAUAUAAUAAAAUAUUACCUAAUAAAAUAAUGUAUAUAAAAGAAAUUUUAAAGUUAAGAUCAUUUGGAAAAUACCGAACGUGGAGAUGAUCUAACCAGUAACCCUAGCGCAGAGAGCACCCAAUCCCCUACAAACCGUAGACAACCAUUUUUUUUACUAGCCCUAAGUCUAGAAUGAUACUCGAUAAAGCCGCACAACUAUCUAUAAAUAUAUAAAUACCUAUGUAUACAUUUUUUUUCUGUUACUUUGUGUGUGAAUCUUCUAAAGGAUUCGAGAUGAAAGUGAAAGUGAACGAUGAACGAUGAAGAGAAGACUAUAAAUAAAGUUAUCGUAUUUAUUUAAA